AGAAAGAAUCUAAUCAUCGUGUCGCAUGGCCGCUCUGGUUCUAGUCUAAUGGGUGAUAUUUUUAAUCACCACCCCUCCGUCUUUUAUAUGUACGAGCCGUUACAAAGCCCCGAAAGGGUUAUGAAAAAAUUGAGAGGCGGAAAUAUCAAUUAUACUCAAAUGGUCGAUCAUUUUCUAAGUGGUUUAUUUCGUUGCACAUUUGACGAUCCAGAUAUCUUGUAUGAUAUGCAAAGAUAUUAUCGCAAACCCGACCAUCCACGCAUAAGCCAGGCUAUUGCAUCUCCGCCCUUGUGUCCUUAUCGACUUACAGAUCCAAAAUGGAAUCCAAAUCUCUGCCACCCCAUGACAAGUAAAGCUUUGGGCACGGCUUGUAGGGAUCACUACGAUUUAACUGUCAUAAAGGUUCUUAUGGCUCGCAUUCCUGAAAACAGCAUAAAAACUAUUUUUUCUUCAUGCAACUCAAAGGACGUCGACUGCAAAGUUGUCUUUCUGAUAAGAGACCCCAGAGCGGUAAUUACUUCUUCGCGUAUCAUUGGGUUUUUCAAAGAGACUGGAGAACGGACAGCUUUUCAGGGUACGAGAAUCUACAGCUAUAAGCGGUGUAAACAGACAGAAGAAAACUUGGAGUAUGUAAGAAGACUACCUGAUUCACUUCGUGAAAGGAUCAAAGUUCAGCGAUUCGAAGACUUGGCUAUGAACCCUCUGAAAGAGCUAUCAAGUCUUUACGAGUUCGCUGGGCUGCCGGUGUUGGAAAGCGUGAAGACCUGGUUGAAACAAACGACGCACUCAAGUAGGGCAGCCUGUAAUCACAUGGACGGAGUAGAUGUUACUUGCACCAAAGAUGAUUACUGGACUGCGAUAAACCGCUGGAGAUGGAGAGCAGAUCCACGUGAAAUUGAUAUAAUAGAGCAUUACUGUGCGAAAGUUAUGAAUCUUAUGGGAUACAGGCCGGUAGAUCGAUCGAACAAUCUACUGGUCAAUAGGACAAUUCCACUCUUUCGCGAGACUUUUGAGGCAAAACAUUGGUUUUUGCAUUAA